CUGGUUUAACCAGGUUUGGAAACGGAACAACCCAACUUACCCAACCGGGUUUCUGCUAGCGUCAGGGUGACGUCACAAGGUGAGGUUGCGUCUCCCAGUAGUCCCAGUCCCAAUCCUUUUUUCUUCACAGAUUUUACGUUAAAUAAUUCCAGAGAACUCGAAAUUCGUGUAGUUCGACCCGCUAGCAAUUUUUUACAUUGACUAGUAGCAAAGCAAAAAGCAAUCAUGAACCGAAGAAUGGGUGGUGGUAACCGUCUGGGUGGCAAUAAUCGCCCCAAUUUUUCCCAGCAGCCAUUCCAUUCGGGUGGCGGUGGCGUCAACCCCUGGCAAGGCGGUGGCGGAAAUCAAGGCGGAUUAAUUCCUCAAUUAUCGAAUCAGUCUCUGGCUCUGGCUUUAACCAGUUUGCUUCAGCCUCAGCAACAGCAGCAUCAUCAACAGCCUCCGUCCCUUUUAUCUCUCAAUACCGCAGGGGGUUUCUCUAACAAUUACGGUAAUCGUUUUGGCGGCGGCGGCAUUAGCCGAAACCGCGAUAUUAGACGCCACGAGCCCUACAACAAGAAUCGUGGAAAUUUUGGACGUAAGAAAUCACCUCCAAGAAAUCAAAAAGGUAACCAGCAGAAAGCUAAGGCAGAUGGAAAGAAAAAAGGUGAAAAGAAGCCUGAUGGAACAACUACUGCUGAAGAGGAAGACAAAAACGACUCCAAACGCGACUGGAAAGAUGAGAAAAACAAUGAAUCAAAAGAAGGAGAAGAAGGGGAUGCUGAAGAAAAAGAGCCAGGCAACAAGGAAGGCAAAUACGGAGGUGUACCCUCCAAGUAUCUCAGCUGUUUUGUGUGCAACAAGCAGAUGUGGGACGGGGAAUCCAUGGGCAAACAUGUCCGCGGCCGUGCCCAUCAUGAAAUGCUGAAAGCGCUGGAAGAGAGCAUUCACAUUUGCGUGAACAUUUUAAGAGAAAACCUGCGUUUGGCUGAAGAGCGCAAAGCUAUAGAGUACAACAGGCAAAAUCGUCAAAGGAAAUUUAGCCAGAGACGCGGCGGCGAACCUCUCAUGAGCCAUUGCGCCAUGUGCGAUCUCAAGUUUAUGGGCAAAAUCACUAUUCACCGCAGAGGUGAAGGGCAUCAGCGUUUAAAGAGGUACUUGCACCCCACUUGUCGCAUGUGUGACAAAGAGUAUCCCUCUAGAAUUGAAUGGAUUGAACAUUGCUUGACACCUGAGCAUUUGAAACGAGUUCAUGAGUCUACAGAGAAGAAACUUGGUGACAAAGAUGGAGAUGAAAUUGUUGAAGGUGGUGAAAAUGAGGAAGAAGAGCCAGAAGCUGAGAAUAAUGUUGAAUUAAAUUUGGAUCCGUUGCUAGAUGAAACUCUCAGUAUGGAAGGUGAAGAUGUCAUUCUGGAAGUGGAUGAUAAUCUUGAAAACUUGACGAAUCGUCUGCCAGCUUAUAAAAAAGACAGGCCUUUGGCUACUAAUAGUCUCUCUGAAUUUGUUGGCUGGAAGUGUGACUUAUGUCACAGGAGUUUUGCCGACCAAGACGAUGCUGAUGUUCAUUUAAAAACCAAAAAGCAUUUCUAUCGCUUUAUUGAGGUGAUCAAGGACAGACACGAUAGAGAAGAAAAAAGGAAGAAGGCUGAAAAGGAAGCUGCGCUGAAGGCAGAACAGGAAGCAAAAAUUAAAAAAGAAAAUGGGGAAAAAGAGGGUGAAGAAGUUGCUGAGGAAGGUGGUGAAGAAGCUGAAGGUGACCAAGAGAUGUAUGAUCCGUCUGAGGCCACAGAAGAAGCUUCCAUCAAGGAGGAAAAAGUUGAAGAUUUAAUGGACACUUCUGUGCCUGAAGAGAAGGUUAAAGAGGAUCAAGAGGUAACAAAGGCAACUCCUCCAGUUACUCCUAGGGUAACAAGGAAAACUCCUGCGCCCAAGAGCAAGCGCGGGGCUAAAAAAUGAGCAACUAUUUCCAAGAUUUUUGCUUCUUAAAAUUUACUUUUUAUUAUUUAGAUAUUAGAUAUGCGUAUUUUGUAUUGAACUCUUAAGUGUUGGCUAACCAAUAGCUGGUAAUCAAAUUCUUAUUAGAUAAAUCGGAGAGCUGGUUAGUUGUGCUAGUGUUAAUGUUAAUGUAUUUUAGUUGCAUUAUUUUAAAUUACGAUUCAAUGUAGUUUGUAGAAUUUUCCAAUAAUCUUUGAUUUUAAUAAACUUUAGACAGUGUAGUGUGA